CAGGCUGGGAGUGGUCCGAUGUAUAAAAAGCGGCUCGUCUUCCUUCUUUCUGCAUUUGACUUCUUCUCUCUUCCCCCUCUUCCUCAUACCUGAGACUCUACCUGCACAGGAUGUCGUGGCAAUCAUACAUUGAUAACAUGAAGACAGUCGACGCCUCUGGGAAAAUCCCAGUGGCAGAGGCGGCGAUAUGCGGGAUGGCGCCGGAGAGCGUGUGGGCCAGCACACCCGGCUUCGCUAACAUCACGGUGGAAGAAAUUAAGAGGCUGGCCGGUAACAGGAAGGACUUCGGCCAGAGCGGCCCGACCAUUGCAGGCAUGAAGUGCAGGUUGAUCCGAGAUAACUUGGACACUGACGGCUUGUUCUGCUUGGACUUAAAGAGUUCAGCAGACGCUGAAGGCAACGCCUACAAUGUAUGUGUCGGCAAGAGUCUCAAAGCGCUAGUCAUCGCUAAGGGCACAAAAGAAGCCAAUGGCGGGCAGGUUUCUGGGAAGGUGUUUUCAGUGGUCGAUUACCUGCGGAAGGCAGCCAUGUAAGACAAGACGGCCACCAUCCCCUCCUGUACCCACCAAACAAGACGGCCACCAUCCCCUCCUGCACCCACCAAACAAGAUGGCUGCCACCCCCUGCCUCCCUCAAGAAAAUGGCCGCUGUUUUGAGCUUCUUUAGUUUUAUAUUAUUUUGACCCUCUGGGCAUACCGUAGCCAUCAGGGAUUAAAUAAAGUGUUUAAAGUUAAUUCCGUGUGAUGAGUGAGUAGUGCAGUUUUGAACACAGUUUUGAAACUGAACACACGCACACACGGUGGUGUAUACGAGUGAAUGCUGUUAGCAUGUUCACAUUUUAUCUGCAUACAUUGCAGAUGUUGUUGUUGUUGUUUUUGUUGUUGUUUGAAAGCAGGGAGCAGUGUUACAUUUUUUACAGUCGAGAAGGACCUUCGUCCUCAGCUCUGUAAAAGAAAAAAAAUCACGUGAAAAUAAAAAGACGAAUAUGUUAAUUCUUAAAAACA